GUUUGGUAAAUUUUAAUUGAUUUACCGCGAGCAUUGCAGAAGGAGGUUUCAGUACGGUUAGUGAAGUAGAAGAAGCGUCAACGCGCAAGUGGGUUAGUGGGUUGUGAACGGAGUAUUGUAGAGCAAGAUGGAUAUUCCAGUAGAUGCACAGGAGAUGGCACUGCCACCGAUCGAGGCGUUCAAGAACUGCCAGUAUCAUGUGCGGGUUAGUGGGACGACGGAUCUGGAUAAGCGGGUUAUGUCCUUUGUGGAUAAUCUGUGGGGUUUUGAAGUGACCGGAGGUAGCGAUCAAUAUGAACCGUUGACGGUGAUCAUGGUCAAGCGUGAAGGCUUGGCGAGAAGGGCCGGUAUUCGAGUCAACGAUGUCAUAACUAAGAUUAACGAUACUUCAGCGGAAAAACUUACCUUGGGGCAAGCACAGGAACUGAUCGCAGAAUCUGGACGAACGGUGAAAAUUUUUGUGCGAGGCGAUGUGGAAGAGGAAAGUGAAGAUGAGAUGACCGUAGACUAUUGGUUCAAACCUUAUGGUUUCUUCUCUUCAGUGAGCGAUGCUGAGCGUGCCAUGUUGGACUGGGAGGCCCGCAUGCGUGCCAACCGAAAUCCAGGAAAAUGGAAUGGAUUGUGGCCUUGGAAUGAUCGCAAGAAAGUAGUAUACAAGGAAUCCAAUUGCUACAUGGUGCCAAGUGUGGCGGAGGAGAAGCGCGACCGGGAACUGAGUAUGCGCGUUUCAGAAGCUGAAUACAAGAAACACUUGGAGCGGGAAAAGGCUGAGGCUGAGAGAAGAGCUGAGGAGCAGCGUCUGGAGGACGAGCGAAGGGCCGAAGAGGAACGCAAAGCCGAGGAGGAGGCUUUCUAUGCUCGGUUUGAGGCCGAGCAGAAACGGCUACAGGAUGCAGAAGCGCAGAAAGACGAAGCAGAAGCUGAAGCGGAUCAGUAUAUUGAGGAACUGAUGCAGCAACAAGAUGACCUACUAACAGAAGAUGUGAGUACCGAUGUGCUGGAACCCGAAACUGUGCCAGACGUGCAAGAAGAUACUGCAGAGUAAGAUGAACGAAGUUCGUCGGAGUUGAGCUCAUCUAGAUUUAAGUGACAGAAACAUUCGCGCAAUGUUUGAUAUUUACAUGUAAAUACCAAAACAUAUUUACCAUUUAUUUUCCAAAUAAACAGUGUUUUGUAAA